CACAGACCAGGACACUGUGGUUUAUCAUAAUCUCAACCCAUUAAUCACAACACGGUACAUUCGUUUUGUACCAGUCGCUUGGAAUGGCAACAUUUCAAUGAGAGUGGAGCUGUAUGGCUGUAAGCAAGAUAUAGAUGAGUGUACCAACGGAACACACAGCUGUGAUGUUAAUGCUGUGUGUAACAACACCCGGGGAUCCUAUAACUGCACUUGCAAAGACGGAUUUUAUGGAGAUGGAAUAAACUGCACAGAUAUCGAUGAGUGCACCAACGGUACACACAGCUGUGAUGUUAAUGCUGUGUGUAACAACACCCGGGGAUCCUAUAACUGCACGUGCAAAGAUGGAUUUUAUGGGGAUGGAAUGAACUGCACUGAUAUAGACGAGUGUGCCAACGGAACACACAGCUGUGAUGUUAAUGCUUUGUGUAACAACACCCGGGGAUCCUAUAACUGCACGUGCAAAGAUGGAUUUCACGGAGAUGGAAUGAACUGCACUGAUAUCAAUGAGUGUACCAACGCAACACACAACUGUAGUGUUAAUGCUGUGUGUAACAACACCCGGGGAUCCUAUAACUGCACGUGCAAAGAUGGAUUUCGUGGAGAUGGAAAAACUUGCAGAGGAUUCAAUGCUACCUUUACAAGUCUCGGAACUAGUGGAAAAGAUGGUCCAACGUCACUCGGUAGUUACUACACAGGUCAGGAUCAUGACUGUCAAGUUACACUGUCCGACGGCAUUCAACAGUGGACUGUGCCGUACACUGAUCAAUACAGAAUAGAAGCAGUAGGAGCUGCAGGGGGAUACAGCAAACAUCAUAACGACGGUCAAUAUCGAGGAAGAGGUGCCAGAAUGGCAGGCACUUUCAACUUAUCCAAAGAUGAACUGAUUCAAAUUCUCGUUGGUCAGGAGGGAGGAAUAAGAAACCAAGGUAGGAGUUCUGGAGGUGGUGGAGGAACAUUUGUAGUGAGAGGAAGGAAUACUUCUUUGAUAGUGGCUGGAGGAGGUGGAGGCCUCAGAGCUGUAACAAAAAGACACCAGGGAUGUGAUGCCAGCAUAAACACAACAGGGAAUCCUGGACACAAAUCAUGGUCAGGAGGCAGCAAUGGACACGGUGCAAUGAGUGGUGAUGAUAAGCCGUCAGGUGAGGGUAAAAAUGAGAAUGAUUUUAUUUACUUCACCAGAGUCAGUUGCCGACGAGACACAUUUGAUUUGCAAGCAGUCGAUUCAUCGGCUUUAAAUAUUUACCUCAAAACCUCCUCGAUGUUGGGUGGCGGCGGCGGUUUUUACUCUAGCGGGAGAAAUGGAACGCCGCCGGACAGAGGUGGAGAAGGGGGUGAAGGAUUUCUUCAAGGAGGAGUGGGUGGAAAAUCUAAAUGGAGAAGGGCAAACGGUGGUUUUGGAGGGGGUGGUGGUGCGGGUUGGGGUGGAGGCAGUGGUGGAGGCGGUAAUGGAGGCGGUGGUGGAGGCGGUGGUGGAGGGUACUCCGGAGGAAGCAGUGGGAGUAAUAAAAAGGAUUCCUGUGGAGGAGGGGGAGGUUCCUAUAAUGUUGGAAAAGAUCAGCAAAGUGAUUGCUGUUACAAUGCAGCUGGUCAUGGCAAGGUGAUCAUUACAUUACUGUAGAAAAAUAAACCACGUACCGCUGUAUUUUCAGCUAUAGAACUGUUAUUAUAUUAGCUAUAAUUUUUUUGCCUGUAACUGUCUUUGACUCCUCUCACAUGUUGAUAGAUUCAGAAGAAUUGAUCACUAUAUAAAUUCCCUUUUAAGAGUGUUUUUUGAUAUAUUUUUUAUUUGCGCUGGCAUACUCACAGAGAAUCAGUUUAACCAAACAUAGUAAUUUAUACUAGGCUUGUAAUCCGAAGCGGAUUACUCGCUAAAGGCGAAAAGCUUUUCCCAGAGGGUAAAUUACUUUGGCAUGUCUUCGUUUUGCGCGUAUAAUUUUUAUGUAGAUUAUUGACAGUCGUGGUUGGGAGUUUUCGACAGUUUCAAAGCUCUCCAGAAAAUAAAAUAGGUCGUUUUUUUACCAGGAAGAUUCCCCGAGUAGAUUAAGUUAACACGGUUUAUAAUGUUUAUUACGUGGUCCACACAAUAAACACUAUAAACCGUGUUGACUUAGUCUGCUCUAAAAUCUUGACAUCAUACAUGUACAGACUUACUGGUUGCAUGGUUGAUGACAGGUUCUAGCGAAUGCAUAAAUACAUAUAGUCUUAAUUACUUGUUUGCCAUAAAGUAAUAUCUCUCUUGUAAUAUGCGCAAGUAUAGAUUACCUCUAAUAUAUUAGCAUUUCUUUGUAAUGUUGGAUUAUAUAUUCAUUAUCAUAAGUUUGUUUAGUUGUCUAAGAAUUCGCUUACACCGAAGCAAAGACAAUUUUAAAAGCUAUUUAUUUCGUGAUGCGGAUAGUGAUGCAUAGCUUCUGUGCAUUAGUUACAUUUAAGAUUUGAUGAUUUUCACGUUCCAAGGAGGAGGCUUGCUUUGAAAUUUGUGUAAAUCUAGGCUUUCAGUUAUGCUACUGAUUUUGAAUUUUUUAAAAUCUUUUUUCGCUAAGCAUAAUUUAGAUGGUCUAAAUGGGGUAGUAUAACUUCUAUUGUUAUACCUCCCAGAUCAAAUACGUUUUCCGAUUUGAGGAGAACACGUCACGUGCCGUGGGUCAAAACUCACUAACUUCCUAGGGAAACAACGACCUGUGAUCAGGUCGUGCACCCUCGACCCUCAGUUUUCCCCUCGGCUUCGCCUCGGGUAACACUGAGGAUCUCGGUGAAACAAAACUCACUGUUUCCCUUGGGGCCAGUCAUUAAGUGCUUAUUACAACAUAGCACGCACGCUAGUCCUACCUAAUUCCUAUUGAGCCAUCAUAAACGAAAUCUCUGCACGCACGGCGGUGCGUAUAUAACAUGAUGUGUGUAGUUUCAAUUUUCCGUCUAGUUUAGUGCAAGUUCCUUUUGUUGUUUCGGCAGCGUGAAGAUUACUCUGAACAGUUCAAACCAUACUUUGAGCCUUUGACUUUUGCCAAACUAAGAUGUUUACUUGAACUUGAGUAUUUUGACUUAAUUUGUCCACAUUUUUAUUGAGUAUUUUCAACUUUGUCUGCCUGCAUUUUCAUUAUAAUUACUUCGAAGAAGCGAAAUGUUCAUUGACAACUUUAGAAACCAGGUUGAGCGUUUUCGUUCAACUGUUGCUCAACUGGUUGUGGCGUGUUAGGAUCCUAAUGAGCUUUGUAUUCCUUCACCGUGCAUUGUGAAAGCUUUGUAAUCAAUUACAAAUAAAACGUGUUUUAGCGCCCAAUUGUUGUCGCCAUGUUAUAAAAGAAUUGGUUCAUGCUUUUAGCAUAGUUAAUUAGUUUUGCGUAUAUCGAGUUAUGGCUGCAGUUCGGAGGUUUGGAGAGCAUACACUCAAGAAGUUAGAGUUGCUCUCGGCUAUCGACUCGAGAAACUCCUACGCUUCUUUCGUGCUCUCCAAACUUCCCAAUUGCAUCCAUAACUCGAUAUACGCACACUAAGCGUGAACCAAUUAUUUAAGAGCUCGCUCGAGCAUCAUAG